AUGAGAGCGGCCGGGCUGCUGCAGGCCGCGCUGUGGGGCCUGCUGCUUGCGCCGGUAACUGCAGAUGAGGGGAUCCUACAUGCUACAGGAAGUGGUGUACCUCCAGUGACAAAGGAUUACUGCAUAAUUUACAAUUCUAAUUGGAUAUCUCUUCCAAAGAGCCUAGACAAUGCUACUUUAAUGGCUUUGGAAAACCUGACUUCUACAGUGCUCUGCAGUUCUUCUGAAGUUCCUUCUGGCUUAAUGAAGGACAAAGCAGUUGCUGUGAUGAGAGGAAACUGCACUUUUUUGGAGAAAGCAAGAAUUGCACAAAAUUCAGGUGCUAAAAUGUUGUUGAUUGCCAGUAAAACCAGGCUGUCUGCUAUUUCAGAUAACAAGACUGAUUUUGAAGAUGUGACUCUACCAGUUGCUCUUAUAAGAUAUAAUGACAUAGUAGAUAUGCAGCUGGUGCUUGGAAAUGAAGUAAAUGUGACUCUGUAUUCACCACCUUUGCCAGAGUUUGAUGGCAGUAUGGUUGUCAUCUUCCUAAUUGCUGUGUUUACAGUGGCACUUGGAGGCUACUGGAGUGGAGUAGCAGAACUUGAGAAUUUGAAAGCUGUAGCAAGUCCUGGGGAGAGAGAAACAAGGCGGAAGAAAGAAGAAAAUGUCACUUUCACCCCUCUAACAGUUAUCUUAUUUGUUGUCAUCUGUUGUGUGAUGCUGCUCUUACUUUAUUUCUUCUACAAAUGGCUAGUGUAUGUUAUAAUAUCAGUCUUCUGCUUGGCAUCUGCAAUGAGUCUAUACAACUGUCUUGCAGCACUAGUAGGAGAAAUACCGUUUGGGCAGUGCAGGAUUUCAUGUUGCAACAGAAGCAUUGAAAUGAGGCUUAUUUUUCUUGCUGCAUUCUGCAUAGCAGCAGCUGCUGUCUGGGCAGUGUUUCGAAAUGAAGAUAGGUGGGCUUGGAUUUUGCAAGAUAUUUUGGGAGUUGCUUUCUGCCUAAACUUUAUCAAAACACUGAAAAUGCCCAACUUCAAGUCCUGUGUGAUACUUCUUGGCCUUCUCCUUCUUUACGAUGUGUUUUUUGUCUUCAUAACACCAUUUAUCACAAAGAAUGGGGCAAGUAUAAUGGUUGAAGUUGCAGCUGGUCCCUUUGGAAACAGUGAAAAGUUACCUGUGGUUAUUAGAGUGCCUAGACUUGAAUACUCUGCAUCGACACUCUGUGACAUGCCAUUUUCAUUGUUGGGUUUUGGAGACAUUAUUGUCCCAGGGCUUCUGGUUGCUUAUUGCCGAAGAUUUGAUGUUCAAACAAGUUCAUCUUCUGUAUACUACAUUUCCUGUACAAUAGCUUAUGCCUUUGGUAUGGUGUUGACUUUCAUUGUUUUGGCAUUAAUGAAGAUGGGACAACCUGCCCUUCUCUAUCUUGUACCAUGUACACUCAUUACUAGCUCACUGGUUGCUUGGAGGCGCAAAGAGAUGAAGAAAUUCUGGAAAGGAAACAGUUACCAGGUAUCGGACUCCUCCAGGACGCCUUUGCUACAAGAUGAUGGAACACCUGGAUUACACAGGACAUGAAGAAAACACAGCAUCAGCCAGUGAACAGCCUGGAGGACAAUAACA